ACAACCAAAAAUAUCAAUGUCACAGUGACGUGUACGAUUUUCAUGAAAUGACUUAUUGAUUCCAAAAAUCCUAUGAAUUUAAUUUAAUAAUUUGAAAGAAAAUAGCUGUAAAAUGGCGAGUAAAAGCAAGCAGGUUGCAGAUGGAAACAAUAAGGUUAAACUACAGGAUUCAGCGUGGAAGCGAGCGUUAGUUGCGAACGCGGAAUGGCCGGACAAGGAAGAGUUCCUAGACGUUAUCUACUGGAUGCGUCAAGCUAUGGGCAUUAUUUUGGGUCUGUUUUGGGGCCUACUGCCAAUGAAAGGCUUCGUUGGUUUAUUACUGUUUGUCCUAGUAAAUGCAGCAGUAAUAUACUUUUAUGUUAACAAUUUCCAAAGCAUUGAUGAAGAAGAAUAUGGUGGUUUAUGGGAAAUAACUAAGGAAGGUUUCAUGACUUCGUUUGCUGGAUUUUUGGUAACUUGGAUCAUAGUUUACACAGGGCUACACAUUGCAGACACUUUAUGAGACACAACUUGAACCAAAUAAGUGCUAGAGUAUCAAGCCAAGACUUUUAAGAGAGGGUCCUAGUACAAAGUAUGUGAACAUUAUGUUCCGUGGUUUCUACAUUAAUUAUAAGCUCGUUUUGUUGUCGCUUUUAUAAAUAUCACUCGGAUUGUUCAUACAUUUCCAUUUGUUUUUUUUUUUAUUUUAGACUCAUAGACUAAUUUAUUAUAAUUUCUAGAGUCCUUACAAUGAGGUUCUAUAUCUGUACAUUGUACAUUUUUCGUUGUAAGGAUUUUAAAUUGAUAAAUGUUUAAAUUCUGUGGUGGAUAUGUUCAAGUAAUUUUAAAUAUCAACGAAAUUAAGUUUUAAUAUGUAAAUUACAUACAUACAGACUUACAUAAUCACCAUUUUUAUGUAUGCAGUCUUCUAGCCAGUGCCAAUUAGGGCUAAAUUUUGUACCAUUUGUAAAGCAAUAAUUGUAUAAGUUUUGUAAGAAUUUGUGUAUGACUGCAUGCUAUUAUUCAGUAUAUUGUGUAUGCAGGCUACUUUCAAUUGAUGUGGAAACAUGUAAAAGAUGAUUCUUGUGUAAUAAGUUCACCUUGUGAGAGACAUCCUCUUAUAAUUCGGUUUAACUCGUCAAGUACCGGUUUUGUAGACACAAUUAUAGAACAAUAGGUUGCGGUCACCGGUGACCGCUUGGUGUUUGACAGUUUAAUACUCACUAAACUCUGUAAAUACAAGGAAUACUUCUAAAUAGCUGAAACAAUACCAUUUCUAAUCUAAUGAGUUUACCCUUCAUGAAUUAUUGGGUACUAUUAAAAUGUACUUAUACGAGUAUGUACUGUAAAUGCACUGGUAAAAAACUAAGAAACAUUAUCAGUAAAAAAUUGGUCGCAAAAUGUUUUAAGUACAAUGUAUUGUAUAUUUAAAAGAUUGUAUAUUUAUUCAACUACUAUUGAAAAAUAAUGAAAAGUCAGAACAUUCUAUAAAUUCUUUGGUCUAACUGCGCAUUUGGUGUCAAGAGAUGUGAUUGAAUUCUUUCAUACAACUACUCGCUUCAUAGAAAGAAUGAAUUUACAUUUUUUGACGAUUUUCUCUCGACAAUAAUGGCCAGGGUUCUUCAAAUUGCAGUUAAACCUAAGAUUGUAUUUUAAGAACUUGUCCAGACUUAAGAAAUUCUUUAUAAUUUUUUUAAUCUGGACAAUAUUAACAUUUUAGGAUUAGGAUUCGUUUUAUGAAGUGUAUGUAGAUGUGCUGUGAGUGGAGGUAGUGUUGCCGCAUACUACACUCUAAGACCCAGACAAAAUUAACGAAUUUUUAUAUCGGAACCAUAACGCUCGAUCUGUACACUGAAUAAUCGACUUAUAAACCUGACCUCGAUACUUCAUCGUUUGUUUGCAUCUUCCCGCCAUUAUGAGCCUAAUAUGUGGCAACACUGACUCUAGAUGAAUAUAUCGCUGUUGGCAAUAUUACUCCGUCUGCAUUUCUGUAGUAUUUAUUUAUAUUAAUGUAAGUAAAACAUUACUUGUUAAGUUUUAUCAAUAUUCCUGAGUUCAAUCAAUACGGAUAUAUAAUUUAUUUUGAAUAUGCAAUAAUAAUGGUACGUUUGUAAUGUUAUUUGUUGCGUGUUUGCUCCCGAUGAGUUUGCAGUGAUAUCCUUAUUUUGAACAAAUAUAAAUGGUUGAUUUAAUAAAGUUUUUGUAACUUAA